AUCCCUCCACAGAUUCAGCUCUUACCGAGUCCAAGCUCCCAAAUUUCUUCUCUUUUUCUCUCAACAAAUCGUAAUCUCAUUUUAGUUGGAUUAACAAAUCGAUCGAAAGUGAAACAGGAAAAGGAAGACAACAAGUUUAUAGUCUCUCCGUCAUGUGUUCAUAAAAACGCUCUGAAAGACGUAAUCCCCCGUGUUUUUAGAUAAUUUAAGAAGAAUGGCAGGAAUAUCUCUUUUACUGGAUCUUUGGAGGAAGAACAUUGCACUUUCGAGCCAAACCCUACAUUCAUCCGGGUUAUUCUCAGCUACUGUCGCUGCUUCCGCUGCUGCUGCUUCUGUUGGAGCAGCAAGGCCUUUUGCUUCUAGAUUUUUGUUCCGUGAUGGUGGCAUAUCAGUUGCAUUUUGUGAUGCUAAUGGACAAUGGGCUGAAGACUAUAUGUCCAAUCUACAAACUGCUUCUGGAAAAAUUUUUCAGCAUAAUUCAAUUAAAUACCAAACCAAGGAAUACCCAAUUGAGCAAAAGCCUCUAUUCUCAGCCUUUGGACUGAGGUCCUUUGCAAUGACUUCCUUGAGGUCCUUCUUGGUUUUCUAUUUGCCUCUUUUGGAACCUCGUUCCAACUUAAACGAGGAUGACGAGGAUUUCUUACAGGACACUCCAGAAGAGAAUCAUGUAGACUUGGUUACUCCCUUCAAAAAAUCUGUCAAGCAGAUCCUACGUGAGACUACGGUUAUAACAACCAGACGUGUACUGGAAAGACUUGCUGUGCAUUAUGUUUCACAACGAAUGGCAUGGAAAUUUCUUAAGGAUAUGCCCAAAUCAGCCAAGCGCAAGGCAGUAAGGGGGAUGCCGACUUUUGUUUACUUCUAUAGUGUCAGUAGAACAACUUUCAGAGGACACUUGCUUGGAGUUGUAGCAUCAUGGCUUGUUCAAAUUGGAAUUGAGAUAUAUAAAUGCUUUGCUCAUAUGACCAAUAGAGAGGAGGCUGAUAAAGAUACCAAAGAAGAAUUUCAACUUCUUGGUAAAAAGAUCUCCUGUACCACUGUCAAGUGUGGUGCAUCCUUAGUUUUUGCAUCCAUUGGAGCUGGGAUUGGUUCCACUCUUUUCCGUCCGUCAUCUGGGCAAUGGAUUGGCUGUGCUGUUGGGGACUUGGUUGGACCCAUAUUUGUAACAUUUUGUUUUGAAAAGGGGCUACAGGUGGACCUCUAGAGUUGAUGGAUUUGGUUUCUGACAUAUUCUUCAUGCUUGCUUCAAAAUGAGACUGGGAUACUUAGCGAACUUCAAAUCUCCAACUAACAAGGUGCUAUUUUUGUCUGGAAUUUUACCUAUAGCAGGCAUUAGUGGGGGCAACUGGGCAAGGUUCCCCAACCCCCAUUGUAUUUCCCUUGUUCAACAACAAUUCGGUUUUAUGAUUAUCUAAAUUACCGUCAAGAAUCAGCUGUAUGCAUCCACGGGUGCAGAAAAUGUUUCUUCUGUUUUUCAAAUUGAUUUACGGAACACACUUUUAUUUUUUUCUUUUAAUCCUUUGAAUCACCCUGUUGCUAUUUCGACGUCCCUGUGAAUGCUUUCCUGCAGUUAGAUGAUA